AUGGGGUUCGAAAAGGGAAGCGAAAUCGCCACAGACGGCCAGUGUCUCCCUGAAGAUGAUGCGAGCAUCCGGCUCGGGAAAGCAGGCGCCGUCAACCCAGCAUUUGAAGAGGCAGUUGGUGUAUAUGGAGAUGCGGCGACGGCUGAAGAGCUUGGAUACGUCCACAGAGGUCUCAAGGCCCGCCAUCUUCAGUUCAUGGCCAUCGGCGGCACCAUCGGGACCGGUUUAUUCCUCGGGAUCGGCUCAGCGUUCGCGAAGUCGGGCCCCCUCUCCGUCCUCCUCGGAUUCUCAUUCACCGGCGUGGCUGUGUUUGCCAUGAUGAUGUGCUUGGGCGAAAUGACCACCUGGUUACCUCUUCCCGGGUCUAUCCCCCAGUACUGUACCCGCUAUGUCGACCCGGCGCUGGGCUUUGCCGUGGGCUGGAACGUGUGGUAUCAAUCCACCAUCGCCAUUUGUGCCGAAAUCUCGGCGGCCGCGGUGUUGGUCGAAUUCUGGAACGACGACAUCAACCCAGCCGCAUGGAUGAGCAUCAUCAUCGUGGUGAUUGUCUCUUUGAACGUCUUCGCCGUCUCCAUCUACGGCGAAGCCGAGUUCGUCUUUGCAGGGAUCAAGAUUGUCACCAUCCUCGGCCUCUUGAUCAUGUCCUUCAUUGUGGACCUUGGUGGCAGCCCGACGGGUGACCGUCUCGGCUUCCGAUAUUGGUACAAUCCGGGGCCGGCCAUGAAGGAGGUGGUCAGCACCGGCAACGCAGGCCGCUUCUUGGGUCUGUUUUCCACCCUCAUCUUCGCCGCCUUCUCCUAUGGCGGAGUGGAGAUGAUUGCCGUGGCGGCCGGCGAGGCUGUCGACCCUCGCAAGAACGUCCCCAAGGCCGUCAAGCGCAUCUUCUGGCGCAUCCUGAUCUUCUACGUGCUCGGAUCCCUGGCCAUCGGCGUGCUGGUUCCUCCCGACAGCCCGGAACUCGGGAGCGUCUCACCAUGGGUCAUUGCCGUCCACAAUGCGAACAUCUCUGCUCUCCCCAGCAUCAUCAACGCCGUCAUCCUGUCAUCGGCAUCCUCGUCCGCCAACGCCUUCCUGUUCGUCGGCUCCCGCUACCUCUUCGGCCUGGCCCAAAGCAAACAAGCGCCUCGCAUCUUCCUCAAGUGCACUGCGCGUGGAGUGCCCAUCUACGGCAUUGCCUUCACGGCCAUCUGGAGCGGGCUGGCUUAUAUGUCUGUCUCUGAAGGCGCCGCCAAAGUGUUUGCGUGGUUCAUCAACCUCGGCACUAUUGCUGUGCUCCUCACCUGGUGUAGCAUCAGCGUUGCUUACCUACGCUUCCGACAAGCUUUGGCGCGGCAGGGCGUCGAUCGCAACACCCUCCCUUACAAGUCUCCGUUCCAGCCGUACACGGCGUGGUUCGGUCUGUGCUACUUUGCCAUGGUCAUUGUGUUCAACGGGUGGGAGGUCUUCACCCACGGUGCUUGGUCAACCCAGACCUUCAUCACAGCUUACAUCGGCAUUCCCAUCUUCUUGGCCUUGUUUUUGCUGUGGAAAUUCUACAAGCGAACUUCUUUCGUCAACCCAGCAGAGGCCGAUAUCUGGUCCGGCAAGGCCGCUCUAGAUGCCGAGAUAUGGCCCGAGAAGAUCCCCAGGAAUUUCUUGGAGAAAAUCUGGCUAUGGAUUGCUUAG